UGUUGCUAUGGUUACCAACGAUGACUUUGUUGAAGUCCCUCCCUUCGGUUUGCCCAGUCAGUAGCUACUCAGUCAAAUUCCUGCACUCACACCAGUUGACUUGUAAACAGUGAGGUUAACCACAAGCGCAUAAGGCUGAUACAGUACCAACGGAGACAAUGAAUUCCUCCAACCUGUCUCACUUUUCAUUCACUGGUUUCCUCGACUAAUUAAAGAGGCGGUUGCUAAGGGAUGACAGUCUGUGACAUUGGCGAGAGCCUCUGAUGCUCGAGCAGCCUGAAGCUCGACUUCUCCGGGAUCUCUUACCUCCACACCUCUGUCUGUCCUGUACUUGGCUUAUGUGAAGGGCGCGGGGAAACGCUCUUAUAUCAACAGACUCACAAGUACCAUGGCAGCGUUCACUGCUCCCUGUGCCGCCACCAUCACCACGGCCACCGCUGUGGCCCGAACUGCAUGGCAGAGGCAAGGAAGCGAGGCGGGCAAGCGUGGGGACGUGGGACAAAACACUAUCGUGGAGAAAACCCACGAGUUCUUCCAGAUGUGUGACCUGGAGGACAAGGGCUUCAUCACCCGACGUGACAUGCAGAGGCUGAACACUGAGCUCCCUCUCAGUGCGGAGGAGUUGGAAAAUGUGUUUGAUACCCUUGAUUCUGACGGCAACGAAUACCUCACCCUGGAAGAGUUCUCCUCCGGCUUUAUUGAGUUUUUAUCCGGUCAGGAGAUUUCUGUGGAAGAGGAAGGCAUGGGGGAGAAGAACCCCUGUAAAAGCCCGACAGAGGUCCUGUACCAGACCGAGUGGGAGGAGAACCUCCCACGCAGAGAAGACGAGGAUGAAGAGGAGAAACACUUUUGCAUGCUCAUGGAAAACCUCGGAGCCAACAGUGUCUUUGAAGAUGCUGCUGAGGUGCGCAGUUUGUGGGCCCAGGUGCGCCGAGAUGAACCUCACCUUUUAUCCAAUUUUGAGGACUUCCUGGCCAGAGUGACUUCCCAGAUCAUAGAGGCCAACCAGGAGAAGAGGGAGAUGGAGAGUGCUCUCGAAAGGAAAGCAGCAACACACGAUGAUGAGAUCCAGCGCCUUUAUGUGGAAAUGGAGCAGCAAAUAAAAACUGAAAAAGACAGGAUUGUGCUGCAGGAAUACGGGCGCUUUGUGUCUCGCAGUCGAGACCUGGAGCUGCAGCUGUCCACUAAGGAGAAAGAGCUGGAUCAGCUCUUUCAGAAGCAGAGAAGGUUGGAGCAUCAGUGCCAGGAGCUUGAAAGUGAACAACAUGUGGCCAAGGUGGAGAAUGUGAAGCUGAAGCACACGAAUGAGGAGUUAGCACGGGAGCUGGACCACACCAGCAAGGAGCUGGCCUUGGCCCAGGACCAGCUGAGCCUGCUGCAGGAGCAGGCCACACAGCUUUAUGAGGAGAAGGAGAUUGAAAUAUACAGACUGACCGAGGGACUGCAGCGAGAGCGAGCCAGCCUCCUCAAACAACUGGACCUUCUGAGGGAAAUGAACAAACAUUUACAAGAUGAAAAGGAUAUAAGCAAUCAGAAUCCAAAGAAUUCUAAGACGACACCAGAUUUGAAGCAGAGGCCUUUGGUCAGUGUUGUGAAAAACGCCAACACAAAUGUCUUCAGAAGUGAGGAUGAGGAGGAGCUGACCCCCAGCUCUGUGAGACAAAACCUAGCCAAUGGCUCAGGCCAGCGCUUUAGCCUGGCGGAAACCAGAGGGCACCUCCCGAGGAUCAUCUCCAUCGAGGAGGACCACCUCCCAUACUUGCUCCAGAAUGACUGCCAGGUCCAAAGCCCACUGCAGGAGUGUAGUGAAGGAGAGGAAGCCUCAGAAAACGAGGAGGAUAUAAACUUGGUGAUGAGCGAUAUUUGCCUGCGUGCGUCUUCUGCCCAGCAGCAGAAGUCGGAGGGAGAUGUGGAGGAAAGGGAAAUCCCCACAUCUCCAAGGGUACAGCCUGUUGGCAAGGAGACCAGCAUACAUGAGGAAGGUGGUCCUACACCGCCAGACCGCUUCUUCAAGAUCGUCCUGGUGGGGAACUCCAGCGUAGGAAAGACCUCCCUCCUUAAGCGAUUUUGUGACGACUGCUUCCAUUCUGACACUUCUGCCACUGUGGGUAUAGAUUACAGUGUAAAGACAAUAGCUGUGGACAACAGCCAGGUGGCACUGCAGCUGUGGGAUACAGCAGGACAGGAGAGAUAUCGGAGCAUUACCAAGCAAUUCUUUCGCAAGGCUGACGGCGUGGCUGUGAUAUAUGACAUCACAGCCGAGCAGAGCUUCGUUGCUGUCAGACAGUGGCUGACAAGUGUAAAGGAGGGAGCCGGCGAGGACAUCCCCAUCAUGCUCUUGGGCAACAAAACGGACAAGGAGAUUGAGAGACAAGUUCAGAAAGAAGUGGGCGAAAGACUAGCCAAGGACUGCCAAAUGAUUUUCUACGAGUGCAGUGCACGCUCCGGACACAAUAUGCUGGAGUCCAUGAUUCAUUUAGCCAGAAUUCUGAAAGAGCGGGAGGACAGAGAGAAGGAGAAGACGGUGCAGCUGUUUAGCAGCCCCUCGGAGAAGAAGAGAUCCUGCUGCUAACAGUUGUUACACAGCUCACACAUACACAGUAGCACUACCCUUCACUAAGAUAACACAGUGUGAUAGUGUGACCACAUGUGCCACUAAGGACACAUUAUUCUUCAGUCAGCACAACUGUUUCUCACACACUCUUCCACUUUGUGUCUCUCUGGGUAAACCCAACACCUGGAUGGACGGACUGUAUGUAUGUUCUAUUAUAAACUGUCUACUCUACGUUGAAAAUAACCUCAAAUUGCAAUUUUAUGGAGAUAUAGUAAAAAAAUAAUAAUAAUAAUACAAAGAAAAGAAAAGAAAAGUUUGAAGAAAAAUAGCUACAACUGAACAAAUGCAAAGUUAAGUCCCUUCUGAGUCAAACUAUUUUCAUUUUUUAAAUGUACGAUGUUCCUCAAAGUAUUGACUGUGACUCCUUAAAUAUUUAUUUAACUUCCAAAUACCCUUUAUCUGUCACAUGUGCGCUUUAACUCUAUGUAUUAAUACAUUCAUUCAGUGUUAUGAGUAUUUUUGUAGUUGUUCUGCUUCUUCACCUUUGGUACACAUACAUGACAUGGACACAAUUAUAAAUAUUAAUAUAAUAUUAAUAAUUAUAAAAAUAAUCAAUUAACAAUUAAAUACAUUAUCUAACAACCUUGCAGUAAACACUACUUUAGUGAAGCUUUUGGUGUUCAGUUGGUGUUGAGACUGGGAUGUUAUGAUUGAACUGUUAGAUUAGUUAUGUGGCAUUGAUUGCAGUAUGUUGCACCGGUGUCUUCACCUGGUGGAUGAAGUAAAAGCAAAAGUACCGCCAUGCAGCACAGUACAGAAGUCACAUGCUUCUGUGUUUGUCCGCUGAAUAAACAAAAAUGAUCACAUAGUUAAAAUUCUAAGCUUAAAAUGUGUUUGUUGCAGGGCUGUCAUAUUUAAAUGUAUUUAUUACAGGCGUGCGUGUUAUUUUGUCAUCUGUACAUUAAUUUUGAUUUGUAAUUCUGUUGUUUUUGUUGUAACAGUACUGAAGGUUGUUAGGAUACCUGAGCGAACCCCCCCGCCAGACCGAAUGAAGUUUAGUGCAGACAUUUUUAAUUUCAUAUAACCUUAAUCUGCCUCGUUGCCAAGUAUUUUAUGAAAAUGUUGUCACUAUAUGUAAUCUGUACAUUACAGCAAGGUUUAAAUUUGAAAGGUUUUGGUGAAAAGUUAAGAUUUUACUGUUUGAUAUUGCACUAUGGUCACUAAUAGUGCUCCACUACUGCCAGUGUCUUGCACAUCACUUUAAUCUACAUGUACACAAACAUGUAAAUACAUAAAAUAAAUAAAGAUUUGUUAAUGUUUAUAUCAUUUGUAAAGGACUUCUUUCUUAUACAAUUAAAUUCAAAUAAGUUAUAAAGCACCACCCAGUGGAUGAGUUUGGACAUUGCUGUUUAUUCAGUUUUUAAGUUGACAUGACAAUAUGUGAAACAACAUUCAAUAUGUUGGGGAACUAACAUGGCAACUUAUUAGAAUUUGUAUGACUUAUAAACUAUAUGGAGAACUAGUUUGGGGUUUUGAGCAGCCAACUUUCAGAAUACAUUUUCCGUAAAGGUGUAACUGGACAGAGUCCAACGGUGCUUUUUGAAUAUACAGGAAGUAUCAUUCUAGAGUAAAAAAGUAUAAU